CUUAUAUUUUUUUGUUAGCCCAGUCUCAGAAGUACGCCUCCUCGACACGCUAUAUGCAUAACUAUGUUCGUCAUCGACAGAUCUGUGCAAUGACUGGCCCGAGCUUGGGCUCCAACACACUUGCUCAACUGCAAGCCAGCCGUCGGUUCCCAACUUGUUUUUUCAUAAAUUGUCGCUGGCGUGUUGGCGCUGGCGCUGCUGCGCGGCUUCGACUGCCGGCCGCUUUGUGUGCGGGCCACAAUCUUGUCUCAGUCAGCGCGCAAACUUCUAAGCAAACAGUACACAGCAGUCCACAGCGGUCAGCAGUGAGCGCAUGCCAAAGCAUUCUCGUUCGGACAGCUGUUUAUGUUUAAAGCCAGACGUGAGUGCGGCACACGCGACGUAUGCGUAAUUACCAAGUUGCUGUCUGUCUGUUUGCCUGUCCAGCCAUGUGCCAGUUUCAGAAGUUCGACUGUCCUGUUAACGGCGGCCACUUUGUGUGUCAAUAAACUCGCUUGCCAUUUGCCAGCCAGCCAGCCCAGACAGUCAGCCAGACUCACUUAGGCUUUGCUAUUUUUAGGCACUGCCAGAGCGACAGACCGAAAAGCGCAAACGACUGCAUUAGUCACUGCAAAGUCUAAGCCGGCUCUCUCAUACAAACAAACAAACAGACACACACACACGCAUACAUACAAAGCAAGCUUACGCAUACUCAGCUAAAGUUGCGCGUCAUCGUCUUGAGCUUCAGCUUCACCUUCGGCGUCGCGACUGCUGCCCACACGCUGCUAAAGCAGACUGACAAAAACUGAAUUGUACGUAUAAAGCUGCAAACGGAGUGCGGAGUGUGGAGAGCAUGACGUCACCAACAGACAAACUGGGUGCGAUGCGUAUGCGUUUUCAGCACAUGAGGGAGGACGACCAGCAUGAACAACAGCUGCAGCGGAAAAGUGGCAUACCCACUCUGGUUACCAACAGCGCCUCACAGCGCUCCAUAGGCAACGGCAAGGUGCGCCAAAUGUUUGAUGGACGUCGUCGCGGCGUUGGCAUUGACCGCAGUCAUCCGCUUCAGCCCAUUGUAGAGACGCGCGCACAGGCAACGCAUGUAAUGAACAAGGCCUACUCCACCAUGAAUUUGCGGGACAAGUCGCUGGCUAGCGACAAUAACAAUAACAACAGCAGCUGCAAGUACAAUGCCAGAACGACGACCAAUCCUUUGAAGCCUGUGGUCACGCGCAAGACGCCGCCAAUAACUAAUCGCACUGAGACGAAUAGCCAAAGGCCAGUAGCCAAAGCCGCGCCCAUGAGAACGAAAACCAUGAUGACGCUGAAAACAACAGCAAGCUCGACGACGACGGAAACAGCAACAAGAAAUACAGCUGCAGUAGCUAGAACAACAGCAGCAGCAACAACAAGAGCAACGCCGUCUAGGACGCCAACGCCUACAACAUCAAGAGGAGUCACACCACCAAGGACGCCAACGUCCCCGACAUCAGCAACAAGAACAACACCGUUUUGGAAUUCAUCGCCUAAGGUAUCAACUUCUCCAACACCACCGCCUAAAAUAUCAACAAGAAGAACAACACCGCCUAGAACGGCAACUUCUAAGGCACCAACACCACCGCCUAGGACGCCAACUGCUAAGACACCAACAACACCUGUAACAGCUCGUCUGGCUGGCGGGCGAGCUGCUGUAGUGCAGCCCACAACAAAGACACGCCAGGCUAAUCAGAUAGUUAGUCCAGUAAGCAAAAUUCAAAUGAUAUGUCAGUCUGAAGUUCAGCCCGCUGAAAACUUUUUUUUCCGAAAACUCUUGCAGAGCAUAAUGCAGCCGCCUGCGGGCACCAGCAGUUGCCGGCACUGUGGCCGUCACUUCACCACUGAUCGCCUGGCCAAGCACGAGGAGGUGUGCGUGCGCAUUAUGAAAACCAAACGCCGCAUAUUUGACGCAUCCAAGCAGCGCACCAAGGGCACUGAGCAGGAGAAGUUUAACAAGAACACCACGCAGCAGGCGCGUCAAAAGCCAGCCCUAUCGCGGGUGCAGUCAGUCUACAGCAGCGCCGCUCAGCAGCAGGGACUGAGCACGGGCGUCAAGAAGAGCAACUGGCGCAAGCAGCACGAGGAGUUUAUUGAGGCCAUACGCUCCGCCAAGCAAGUGCAGGCGCAUUUAAAGCGUGGCGGCAAGCUGAGCGAUCUGCCACCACCGCCACCAUCAGAGAAUCCGGACUAUAUACAGUGCCAGUACUGCGGACGACGCUUCAAUCCACAGGCAGCGGAGCGGCAUAUACCACGCUGUGCCACCAUGAUCCACAAUAAGCCACGCCGCAGCGGAGCGCAAGGGCCUCAAAAGAAGCGUUAUUAAUCAAUGAGAUUUGGCGCACCCGUUUAUUAUGUGAUAAAAAAUGAAUUUGACGAAUAUACUACUAGCAAACCAUAAGCUUUC